AUGAAAAUAAAAAAGACUCCUCCAAAGAAGUUGUCUGUACCUGUAAGUACUGGAAUUGCUUUACCUGUUUCUCAAAUACCGCCAAUCAAAAAUAUCAUACAACUUCUGACUGAAUGUCAAGACGAAGAAAUACCCAAUGUAGUAGCCUCUGUCAAAGAAUGGAGUUACCCGCGAGGGGACUUGUUUCACUGGAUUGGUGUUUUGAAUCGAUUCGAUACGAUUCUUGAAAAUAUUUGCCAGAAAUACAAGUUGAAAAAACUCCAAUCGUCACCGUUUACUACAGUAGAACAGAGUAUUAUAUUAGCAAUAUUGAAAUUUUCACGAUUACUGUUGGAGAAUUGUACCAAUAGAAAUCUAUAUAGCUCGUAUGAGCAUCUGAAUGAUUUACUAAAUACGGCUGAUAUUGAUGUAUUGGAGACGGUUCUUCGAUUAGUGCUUCGUCCUGCGCAAAGACUCAGUAAUCAAAGAGCACUCCGAACAAACUUCUCUAUUUCCCAUGAUCGCAUUCUUACCUUGGCUCACACUUGGGGCACCAAAGAAUAUGAUCUCGGAAUGAAGGAUCUCGCCUAUGACAAUGUCACUAUCCCGGAAGAACUAAAGACCUUGACAUAUCAAUUCUACCGUCAUCUCACACCUACUGAAGCUGCCACCGGGACAUCAUCAACGAAAAGAGACAAUGCUCAUGAAUUGGGCGAAAGUGAUACAGACAUUCUGAAAAAUGUUGUCGAAGAAUAUGAAGUACCUGAAGAAUUCCAUUUUGCUCUUUUAAAUCGAAUCAGAAUUGCGACAAAAAUAAAUGAUAGUGCAAAAAGAAAACAAUUAUUGAUAAUUAGGAUACUUGCUAUUGCUAUAAUGGCUCAUGUGAUCCCGGAACAUGUCGCACAAUCUAAACUAUUUCUAUAUGAGCCUGAUAUUGUUGCAAAUUUAGCGGAGUUGGUGCAUCCUGAACAAAAGAAUGCUCCUGAAAGAAAGGAAAUUCAAACUGUUGCUUUUUAUGCGCUUGAUGGCAUUAGUCGUUAUCGCUCCAAAUUGGGUGAGGCUUUAACCGCGAUAAAUGCAUCAGCCAAUCACGGAGUACUUUUAUAUUUACUGCGACGAAUUAUUGCUGAUCUUGAGAGCGAAAGUCCAAAAUAUCCACAAGAAUAUUUGGAUGCUUUAUUCGCGUUGAUCUCUUGCAUAAUCUCGACGCAAACAGGUGGAACGAUGGUUAUUUCCGCUGGAAUAGUGCCAACGCUCCUUCAAUUGUUACAUAACAAGAAAAAUGGACAAGAAAAGAACGUAACCAAAGCUGUCGUUAUAUUGGAUAGUCUUGUCUAUGGAUUCACCACGUCAUUCAAUACAUUUUGCAAUGCCAAUGGUGUUAACAUCCUCGUUGACCGAAUCAAGGGUGAAGUUAAUUUUGACAUCGAAUUAGCUAAUGAGAUUCAAGGUAAUUCCAUGGAGGAGAUCAGAGCAAGUCGCGCAAUAUCGUCUACAUUUGGCACAAAGGACGACGAAUUUAUUCUACCUUAUGAAAGAUCAUCUUUGUUAAAAUCGAUGUUCAAGUUUGUUCUGCAUAUGAUGCAAACUUCUGGCACGGCAGACGGAUUACGUAAUUUAAUUGAGACGUCAUUGCCAGAGUCAUUGAACAAAGUUUUAGAUCAUCCCAUUUUUGGAAGCAGUAUUUAUUCUCUCGCCAUUCAUUUGAUGGCGACUUUUAUUCAUAAUGAGCCCACAUCACUACCUAUAAUGCAAGAGGCUCGACUUCCACAAACUUUCUUGAGUUCAAUAAGCACAGAGAUUCCGACUUCAGUUGAUGUCCUCCAACAAAUUCCUAAUGCAUUUGGUGCAAUAUGCUUAAACGCACAAGGCCUAGAAAUGUUCAACGAAGCCAACCCAAUCAACAAAUUCUUUACAAUAUUCACAUCACAAGAACACGUUAGAUCCAUACAAGAAGGCGACAUCGCUUCUCACCUGGGAACAUCGAUUGACGAGUUAAUGCGUCAUCAUCCUAGCCUGAAACCGGUCGCUAUGAAUGCCAUAAUAGAUAUGUUAACACGUAUCGUUGAAAUUAGUCAAGGCGGUGUUGUGCCAAUUAACGAUGAUAAUAGUAAACUGCAUCAUGUGUCAGUUGCUGGCACAGCGGCGAGUGAUGAGUCGGCGGUGGCCGGAACUUCGCGCGUUACUGAUGUCACGAUGGUAGAUUCAACAACAGAAGCAACUAGUAAACCUGAAGACAAGAAAGACAAUUAUGUGGUUUCUCUUAUUGAGGUUUCAGCCAAGUUCUUGGAUGGCCUCUUUCAAAAUUCAAGCCAUUGCAAAGAUUUUUUAAAACAAAACGGGCUAAGCAUCAUCAUCAAAUUCUACUCUCUACCGACGCUUCCAUACGAUUUCGGAAACACUCCAGCUUCAUAUGCUUUAUCGAAUUCGAUGCGGCUAAUCGCUGAUGUUGAUUCAAAAAGCUUUGUCAAGUGUGUCAUAACUGAACUUAAUUCUGCACUUCAGAAUGCAAAAAUUUUUUUGGACAAUGAAAAAGAUGCUGUCAUCUUCGAUUAUAUUGAUCUGAAUGAUAAAGAUCCGGAGACAAUAGAAGCAGCAAAUAAGACAUUCAGAUCUCUGGUGACGCUGUACGGUCUAGUAGGCUUGUUAUCAGAUAUUUAUUACACACCAGGAUUUUCACAUAGCAAAAGCUCGCCUUCUGUGAUCGAAGCCUUUGUGGGAGACAACGAAGUCUUGCCCGCGCUUGGAAAGCUUCAUCGAGUAUGUAUCUGGGAGAACGUGAUCCUAAAAUCCAAAGUUCCAAAGUCAUGGUAUAGUACUCCAAAUAAACUACGAAAAUCAUUCGCAGUUGCCGAGUCUUCGAUUUUCGGAGUGCCACCCUUAGAUGACACGGAUAAAGAUACCGCUACUGGUGCCAGUACUGCUGCUGGUGGUGCUACAGACGUAAAUGAGCCACCAGUUGACCUAAAUAAUAACAAAGUCAAAAAUACGAAAGCUUUUAAAUUCUUGGUUUCCCAGAUUCCGACGUGUCUUACACCUCUAUUUCAAGGGUUGACAAAAAUGCUGUUUAGUCGUAAAUCUCCUGAUGCCUACCAGAAAAAACAAGCGUUCAAAGUUUCUGAUACUAUUGCCGAAGUGCUUCGUGAUCAUUUAGUUGGGAAAAGUCAAGCGGCUAAUGAUACCAACAAGUAUAAUUAUCUUUCUAGCAUGCUUAGCUUAUUAUCACUUCUUUUCCUGGAUGAACGCAAUCAAGUGGCACUUCAAACUAUGCUGGUCGUUUCGUUCGAAAGAGUAGGUGGAAUCGAUAUAAUCUUCCAAUUACUUCGUAAAUUCUGGGAAGAAGCCGAAGCAAUCCAAUUCAUGGAGGAUUACACACUCAAUCCCGAAGACGGGUCAAAAGAAAAACAAACACGAAUCCACGACUGUCUAGAAACCACGCUAAAGCUCUUCAAAUCCGUAACUUCAGCAAAACUAUUACGUGAUUCUCCACACACUUCAGCGUUGACAUCGAAAGAUCGUGAUCGUGGGACAGCUGAUUUCUUUGAUCCUACCGAGUUUCUUAUUAAUAUCAGAUCCAAAGUUUUCCCUGUGAUUAUCGAUCUUUGGCAAAGCUCUUAUUUGGAGAAAGCUCCGGCGAAUAUAGUUAAAUCUGUAAUUGUAAAUACGGUUCAAAUUUUGAAGGGAGACGGGGAGGUUAAUCAGCGAGCAGAAGGAUCAUCCACAAGUAGCAGUAAUCCGGUUCCAAAUCCCUAUGUAUUCGGCAGGAAUUUAGUCCCAGACGAAGCAAGAAUUCAACAAUUAAUUGAUAUGGGUUUCCCGCGUUCAGCUGCUGAAACUGCAUUAUUACGUUGUAAUAAUCAUGCCGAUACAGCUGCCGAAUAUUUGGUCACACAUCCAGAAAUGGUAGCCGCGGCUGUCUUCGCUGCAGCAGCAGAAACAUCCGAGGCCAAUGAAAGGAACAAUAAUAACAAUGACAAUGAAGCUGGAUCAGCAUCAAAUGCCGAAGAAAAUACACAAGGAGAAACACGCAAUGAGACUCAAUCGGAGACAAUUUCUGCGGAACAAACAAUCACCUCGGUUGCUAGUGCUGAAGAUGAAGAUGAUGAAGGCUCGUCUAACGAUGACCAAACUGCUCUUGAACAAGCAUUAGCUAUGUCAAUGCAAGCAGGUGCCGAAGAUAUUGAUCAAAAUGCUUCAAUUCCGAUGGAUAUGGAUCCUGUCGCCAAAAAAACGGAAAAAGGCAAAGGAAAAGAAAUUUCAAUAAUAGAGCAAUUCAAAUCAUUGCGCGAAAGUAUUAAAGAGACUGCAGCUCAGCGUGCACUUGAUCUUUUGACAAAAGUCGAAGACAUCAUUUUCGAAGUUAGAGAAUUGUUUGUGUUGAUUGGUAAAGAAAAAUUCGAGAGCACCAUUGAACUAGUGUUCAAGAGUAUUGAAGAUGCUUCUAUUGAUUUACAGCUUGCCGAUACGCAACGCACCAAAAUCUUGGGCUCACGAUUACGACUUUUGGCACUUUUGCUUAAUGAAUCUAACAUUCAAGCUAAAAUAUCGACAAUCCCACUCUAUAUCUUACCAAUUGUUCUCGAUCUAAUUCUACAUGAAACUACAUUGUCGGUCGAAACUCCUUUGUCAAAUUGGCUUGCACCCGCUUUGUUAGUCGUGGAAGCAUUCAUCUCUUUAGCGGAUGAACCAACAUUUGUAUCACUUGAUCAUAAACCAGAAGACUCCAAAGACAAUAUUGAUGAGAUUGAUAUGAGUAGCGUUACAGUGACAAAUGAGCAAAGAUCAACUCUUUUAGGUUACACCUUGACCUUAUUUGAAAAACGAGACUUUGACAAAGACGUUCGCCAUGCAUUGCUUCGUAUCUUGGUUCGACUUACUCGUCGACAUUCUGAUGCAAUUGAAUUUGUCAAAAGAAAUGGUCUCCCAAUACUUUUUAAUCUGUUCAAAUCCAAAGCUCAUGAUUUCCAUCGCCAACAAGUGUUUAUUGUCAUGAUUUUACGACAUAUUGUGGAGGAUGCCCAAAUUCUCGAAUCUAUUAUGGAUCGUGAAAUAAAGAAUUGGUUCUCACAUCCUCGUCCUCGCAUUGUCGAUAUUAAUACUUACCUUCGCAGCAAUACUCAGUUCGCUUUACGUGAUCCACAAGUAUUUGUGCAAUCCACCAAGAAUGUGUGCAAAUUAGCGAAAUAUGAUUCUUCUGGAAGAAAUUCACAAAUUACUUUAAUUCGACCAGAAGCAGAUGAAGACAUUACAGUUAAUGAAGAGGAAAUGACAGAUGUUAUUCCGUCAACCUCUGCAUCUUCAGAAAAAGGCAAGAAAUCUGCAUUACCAAACACUGAAGGAUCUGAGAAUCUAGUGCAUUUUUUGGCAAAUGAGUUAAUAUCAAUACGCGAUCACACGCUGAAACAAACAGGUCAAGAGAAACAAACUACAAAUGAUGCUAGCAGCGGCUCCUCAUCAAUUCUUCUUGACUUUAAACCAGAAGAAAAUCGAGAAUAUCUCUCUCGUUGUUUCAUUCUUCAAUGUUUAACAGAAUUGCUUUCUUCAUACCCAUCAUGCAAAAUUGAAGUGGUUAAUCUUUCUCGUCGACGAACAAGCAUUGGUCCACAUACACCCACAAAACAUCAUCGCACUGCUCUUGUUAAUUACUUGCUAAAUGAUUUAUUGCCAUAUGGAUGUAUCACACAAACUACUGAUAUCGAAAUGCGAAAACGUCUUGGGCAAUCAAAAUGGACAGUAGCGUUCUUUGUGGCUCUUUGCUCGUAUAAUAAUGAACCUGAGGACAAAAAACCUAACCCAGAAAUUGCACAGGUUAGAAAAUUUGUUUUGGAAUGUAUUAAUCGAGCAUUUAACAAUGCCAUUCUUUCCAAUGAGCCACUUGAAGCAAAAUAUGGCAGACUUCUUGGUCUGGCUGAAUUGUGUUAUGAACUAUUGACUACUCGAUCUACACCCAAUAAUGUUAAUAAACCAAUCGAAGAUGGUCCUAAUAGCAUUGCAAAAUUAAUGCUUGACAAGAAGUUUGUUGAUACACUAACAAAUGCCCUGGCUGAAGUCGAUCUCAAUUAUCCAUCGUCGAAAAAUUUAAUAAAUGCUUUGUUGAAACCUUUUGAAUUCCUAACAAAAGUUGCAAUCAAAAUUGGUCGAACACCUGAAUCUUCAAGUAAAGAUGCUCAAGGACAGCCUCCUCGACGUGAUAGUAUUUCUUCUGUAUCCUCCAUAUCCAGUGGGGAAAUUCACGUCGAGGAUACACCAGACUUAUAUGUAAAUUCAGUUCUUGGUGCUCUUGAAGGUCGACUAAAUCCUGAACCUGAAAGCGAUAACGAUGAAGAAGGUGACGAUAUGGAAGUUGAAAUCGUUCGUCCACCAGUUCAACGUCAUUCUGAAAUGUCUGAUGAUGAUGACGAAGAUCCUGAGUUUGAAGUCACUCGAGAACCAGAUCGUCACCUCGCUGAAGGACAGCAUCACGAUGAGUCUGAAAGUGAUGAUGAAGACGACGACGAACAUGGUCAAAAUCAAUCACUGCCUUGGGCCACUGUUACUGAAUCUGUAAUGAUAGAUCAUGGAGAUAUUGAAGUCAUUGAAAACGAGGAAGGCCGCCGUCAUCGUCAUACACGACUUGAUCCAUUUGAUGAAUUAGGAGCACCGUCAAUACGCCCUCGUGCAUUAUUUAGCUUUGGCAAUAGGCGUCAUCGAGGAAUUUCUGCUCGUCGUGCAAUUCUAGAAGUUCAACCAGAUAGUCUUGAUUAUCUAUGGGGAGAUACAAGUGACCAAGGUCGUCAUGAUUUCCUCGGAACUGAACCCGAGCUUCCAGGUUUAGGUAGAAAUCGUCCAAUAACCACAAGCGUCGAUGAUGUAUCAUCACAUCCACUUCUUAUCAAUCGUUCUCCACCACUUCCUACAGUCUCGGGAUCAGAGCAGUUACGAGGCCGUAGCUCAAGAAAUGGUCCUUUAGGUGACUGGACACAAUCAAUCGAAGAAUUGAUAGGUGGAGGCGCAGUACAAUUAUUAGAACAACUUCUGAAUAGAGGACGAGGUUUAGGCGGCCCAUCAACAUAUCGUCUUGAAUUAAAUCCAGGAUCAACAGGGCUAGUUAGUGGAAUUGAAGUUGAUCGUAUGUUCGCGAGACCAAUAGUAACUUCGCAAGAUAGUGCAGUCACCACUCUUUCGGGAGAUCCAAUGGCAGCAGUUCAAGAAUUUAACCCUGCACCUACUAGUCAACGUUGGUAUGAUGAAGCACGAAUAAUCGCUUCUAUAACUGAAGACAAUCAAGCAGCAAUACCCGAACAGAGCACAAGUGGUAUAAUAGAGACUGAUGUUGUGAUCGAAGAUGCUCCCCCGAUUGAGCAAGAAUCGCCAGAAAUUGAAUUUACCGCUGCUAUGGAAGAACAGCCGUUAUUUAUAAUAGAAACAACUAGACCUCCUGUUAUUCCAGCUUCCAGUUCUGCAAUGGAAGAAGAAAUUACGAUUUCUCCAAUGGAAACAGCAGAAAAUAUGAUAGCAGAAAAUAUAAUAGCAGUGGGCACCACAACAUCAUCAGAAGUGACUUCUAAUUUGGACAUUGCAAUGGCCACAAGCGAAACCGGUGAAAAUCUGAGUGAAACUGCGAAUGCUCCGCCAGCACAGCCACAAGAAAGAACUACUGUUAUGGUGAAUGGCGAGCCUGUGGACAUCACAGACACCGGCAUAGAUCCGACUUUCCUCGAAGCACUGCCUGAAGAUUUACGACAAGAAGUACUUAAUGAACAUUUGCCGCGUCAUCGUGCAAGACCUGCUGCACCCGCUAGUCAAAUUAGCCCAGAAUUCCUAUCAGCUUUACCGGAGGAACUCCGCGAUGAAGUUCUUCAACAGCAACAAGAUCUUGAACGAGAACGACAGCAACGUGAACAACCAACAGCUGGAAUUCCAGCAGAAAUGGAUAACGCUACUUUCUUUGCAACUUUAGAUCCAAUACUACGUCAACAAGUACUAAUGGAGCAAGAUGAAAUGAUUUUACAAUCUUUGCCGCCUGCAAUGGUUGCCGAAGCUCAUUCUCUUCGUGAAAGAACAAACCGACGAUACACAAGUGUACGAUCAAGAACAACACUAGCAAAUGCUGCACCAUUACAUGCACCCAAAAAACCGACAGUACAACGUGACGCCAUGAAACUUGUUGACACCGACGGUUUAGCUACCUUGGUUCGCCUUCUUUUCUUACCUCAAGCGCUUGGCAAAAAUCUUUUACACAAACUGCUUUUGAAUCUAUGCGAAAACAGCAAAACUCGUGGUGAAUUAGUAUCGAUGUUGUUAUCGAUUCUUCAAGAUGGAAGCGCAGAUGUCGCGGCUGUAGAUAAAAGUUUUGCACAAAUGUCCUUAAAAAAUAAAGGUACACCAAAAAGUACACUAAAAGGAAAAGGUAACAGUGCUAAUAUACUUACGCAGAUCGCUCAAACAGCUGGUGAAAAUGUGCCAAAUUUAAUUGCGCAGCGGUGUCUAGAGGCUUUGACAUAUAUAGUGACCUAUAAUGAAGCAUCUGUAAAUUAUUUCCUGACGGAACAUGAACAAAUCGUUGGAUUAAAGAGGAGUAACAGCAAAAAAGGAAAAGAGAAGCAAUCAAAAGUUAUCACUAGCAAAUAUCCGGUUGUUGUAUUACUCAGUCUAUUAGAUAAACAAGUAUUCGUAAAAAACACCACUUUAAUGGACCAAUUAAUGCAUCUCUUGUCGUUUGUGUUGCGUCCUUUAUCAACAAUGGCAAAAUCUGAAUCAGCAAAAUCUUCACAAUCCAGUAAUGAACAUACGGGAGGAUCUUCAACUGCUGAAGCUGGUAAUUCGGCUGAUGCAGUCUUGAAUGAUCCACCACCUGCUACGGAACAAAACAACACGCAAUCCUCUAAUGAACCAAAUACUGCAAGUAAUAAUUCUCUUAAUGAGCCCACGGAUCUUCCUAAUGAGCAAAUUACUUCAAAUAACGAUUCGAAUAAUCUCAAUAGUAAUACAAAUCAGAAUAAUAAUGAGUCAGCGAAUAAUGAACAAGUCUCAAAUUCAAAUACCGAAAAUAAUAAUUCAAUAACAGCGGGACCAUCAAAUCCAAAACCCUCCCAGCCAGAAGCACCAACAUUAAAACCACCGGUAAUUCCCGAUCAUUGCCUACGAUUAGUAGUUAAUGUCUUGACUGCUGGUGAAUGUACAAGCAACACAUUUAAAUACACCUCGAAUGUGAUACAUUAUCUCUCAACAUUAAGUGGUGCUCGUGAUGUCAUUACAUCAGAAUUAGUAGAGAAAGCUCAAUCCCUGGGUAACGAUAUCCUUGAAGAUCUUGAUGAAUUGGCUCAAGUAUUAGAACAAGCAACUUCGGGAGUUGAUGUCCAGGGCGUAACACUAUCAAACUUCUCGCCUUCAUCUUCCAAACAAGCUAAGCUGCUUCGAGUUCUUAAAACUAUCGAUUAUAUGUAUUCAAAACGACAGCCACAGCAGCCAGCAACUACUCCUAGUGCACAAGUUGAAGUUGCUUUGGCACCGACUGUUGAUCCUGAACAAGCGGACACAAUACUACCAAGGACUAAAAUCGAUACCACUAAAUCAGGCACUAAAUUAACACAGGACGAAGAAAAAGUAAUGAACAUUUAUGAUGGUCUGCAGUUUACAGACCUGUGGAAGAAAUUGGGUCGAUGCUUAACUACAAUACAUGAAAAGUCUGAUAUGAUUCAUGUGGCGACUGUACUUCUACCUUUAAUUGAAUCACUGAUGGUUGUAUGCAAAUAUGUUGGAAUGAGACCUUUCACACCACAAACCGGCGAAACACUAACAACUACGAUAACAACACCAACAACAGCGAAAACUAAUGAAACCAUGGAUGAGUUGUUCUUUACAUUUACUGAAGAUCACAGAAAGAUUCUCAAUACCAUGGUCAGAAAUAAUCCUUCACUAAUGAGUGGAUCCUUCUCAUUGCUUGUGCAUAAUCCAAAGAUUCUUGAAUUUGAUAAUAAGCGGAAUUAUUUCACACAACAACUGCACAAACGACCAAGUGGUCGUGAACAUUAUGGCACCUUACAAUUGAAUGUUCGUCGACAAUUUGUAUUCGAGGACUCGUUCCAAUACUUGCAACGAAGAUCAGGUGAUGAAAUCAAAUAUGGAAAAUUGAGUGUUCGUUUCUAUGAAGAGGAAGGUGUGGAUGCUGGUGGUGUCACACGAGAAUGGUUCCAGGUGCUCGCCCGACAAAUGUUCAACGAGGAUUAUGCCUUGUUCAAGACUUCAAAUGCCGACAGACUUACUUAUCAACCAAACAGAGCUUCUUUCAUUAAUCCUGAACAUUUAUUAUUUUUCAAAUUUGUUGGUCGUGUAAUUGGUAAAGCUAUUUAUGAUGGACGAUUAUUAGAUGCUUAUUUCACUCGUUCAUUCUAUAAACAUAUUCUUAGCAAACCUGUUGACUAUCGGGAUGUCGAAGCCAUCGAUCUAGAAUAUUAUAAUAGUUUGGUAUGGAUAUUGGAAAAUGACAUCUCGGCAAUGGAUGAUUUGACAUUUAGUGUUGAAGAUAAUGACUUCGGUGUAACGAAACAAGUUGAAUUGAAACCGGGCGGUGCAAAUAUACGCGUCACUGAAGAGAAUAAGCGCGAAUAUGUGAAACUUGUAACAGAGCAGAAAUUGACAUUAGCAAUCAAAGAUCAAAUAGCAAACUUCCUUGCUGGGUUCCACGAAAUCAUUCCAUCACACUUAAUCAGUAUAUUCAACGAGCAAGAACUAGAGUUGCUCAUCUCUGGAAUGCCUGAUAUAGACAUGGACGACUGGAAAAAUAACACCGAAUAUCAGAAUUACACUGCGUCGUCACCACAAAUUCAGUGGUUUUGGCGAGCAGUUCGAAGCUUUGAUCAAGAAGAGCGAGCCAAAUUAUUACAGUUUGUCACUGGCACUUCUAAAGUACCGCUUGAAGGUUUUUCGGCACUGCAGGGUGUACAUGGUGUCCAGAAAUUCCAAAUACACAAAGAUUUCUCAAGUUCAGAUCGUCUUCCAUCAGCUCACACAUGCUUCAAUCAAUUGGAUAUUCCUGAAUACGAAAAUUAUGAACAAUUAAGGUCACAAAUGUUGCUUGCUAUCUCUGAAGGCACAACAGUAUAA